AUGUCAGCGGUAUGGUUUUACCCAAAUGAUAACUGGCCCAUAGGGCCUACAUAGUGUUUAGGAAUAUACCGCGGCAGAACGACACAAAGGCGACCGAGCUCAAUCGAGCACAAGUGCUCAAGAACUCAAGAUACACGCGUCCUGCUUUCUCUGGGUACCUGUCGACGGGGCUGCUUCUGUCUCAUCCGCCGGAAAAUUCCAACGGCAACAACGCACUGUUCAUAA